AUGGCGGAACAACGCAUCGUAUACACACGCCACCAACUCCACGAUCUCAACACCGCUAUCUCUGCAUCUCAGUCUAAGAUCAACCAACAACUCAAUCCUGAUGACCUCAGCAAAGUACAGUCCUUCAACGACCACACCGCCCAGCUCGCCUUUCAGACCACCAAACUCAAGCAGAUUAGGAAGUUCGACCAACUACGUCCACGCAAGCCGAUCCGCACCAACGACCCUCCCAUUAAGGACACAGUAGUCAACCUCAGUCAGCACAGACUCUCCCAAGCCGAACACCAGGUUCUAUCCCUAGGACUCAACUUCGCCGUAGCUCCCAAGAAGAUACCGUUUUCCGACAUUGUGCAACAAGUAGAACCCAAGCUUCGUUUCCUCAUGCAUUAUAAGGACCGCCGCACGCAUAGCGAACACUCACUCCUGAAGACGGACACUCUGGAAGCAAGAAAGUAG